UUUAUCUGUGUCCAUUAUCGAGUAUCGUUGUCAGUUGAAUUUUUACCUUGCCGUUAUUUCUCGUUGAUUGUUUCGUGAAGAAGUUAAUUAUUUAUACAAUAUCUUUUAUUUACAUGAAGAUACGACACUAUCGUCAUGACGACUGCGUUGUAUUUAGAGCAUUAUCUCGAUAGCCUCGAGCAUUUGCCAAUUGAAUUACAGAGGAAUUUUACACUAAUGCGUGACUUAGAUGCUAGAGCGCAGGGUCUUAUGAAAGAUAUCGAUAAACUAGCAGAUGAUUACUUGAGGAAUAUGAAGAAGGAAUUGCCGGAAAAGAAAAAAGAACAACUCGCUCAUAUACAAAGUCUCUUUAACAAGGCUAAGGAAUACGGAGAUGACAAGGUCCAACUAGCUAUUCAAACUUACGAAUUAGUUGAUAAGCAUAUCAGACGACUGGAUUCAGAUCUGGCAAGAUUUGAGGCAGAGAUACAGGACAAAACAUUAAACAGCAAUAGAGCACAGGAGGAGAGCAAUGCUAGCAAAAAGGGUAGGAAGAAACUCAAGGAGAAGGAGAAAAGGAAGAAGGGUACGGUAGUUAGCAGUGAAGAUGAGGCCAAGAAUGCAAGAAAGAAACAGAAGAAAGGUGGCUCAGUAGCUUCAGCAUCGUCCACCGGCGCUGUGGGAAGUGGCGCCCAGGUAGAUGCAACAGCACUCGGUCAUCCAGCCGACGUUCUUGACAUGCCUGUUGAUCCUAACGAACCGACUUAUUGUCUUUGUCAUCAAGUAUCAUAUGGAGAAAUGAUUGGUUGUGAUAAUCCAGAUUGCCCUAUAGAAUGGUUCCACUUCGCCUGCGUGGGUUUAACAACAAAACCUAAAGGAAAAUGGUAUUGUCCCAAAUGUACGCAAGAUCGCAAAAAGAAAUAAACCUUGGAAACAAUUAUCACCUAUGAAGAAAAGAUUAGUGCAAAACUAUUUCACAUUGAAAGUAAAUCGACUUUUGUAUAAAAGGAUGAUAGAAAAUUUAUAAGAGAUGUAGAGAGGAGGGGAGAGGGGGGAGGGGAGAGAGAGAGAGAGAGAGAGAGAGAGAGAGAGAGAAAACUGCAUUUCCAUUUGCAUCUAAUACUAAUAACGAGGCAAUUCUUUUAUUUUUACGUGACGCGUAUAAUAAUAAAUAUAUGCCACGCAAUCACGUAUUUGCUUAUCGUUAUAGUAAUGUCUAUAAAUAAUUUCUCCAGAAAUUGUUGUGAUAAAUUAAAUUUCCUUUUAUCACCAUAGAAUUACAUUACGGAUUUUUUUUCUAUAUUAA